AUGGCCGCCUACUUCGCCCCUCUCCAGUGUGCAGUCGGCACCCCAGCGGGCAACGAGAAGCUCCUCAAGGCCGCCGAGACCUUCAUCCAGAGCCGGAGGGAGGGCGAAGAGAAACUGCUCAUGGGGCUGGAUUGCACGAACGCCUUCAACGAGGUGGACCGUCAGGCGAUCGUCAACGAGCUCGCCAGCCAGUUCCCUGAGCUCUUUCACUUUCUCUGGCAGUUCUAUGGAGAGCCGGCGAAGCUGUGGUAUCGACUCGCAGACGGCAGAGUGAGGACCAUCCUGAGCCAGCAAGGCAAUCAGCAAGGAGACCCGGCCGGCCCCUUCCUCUUCUGUCUGGCCCUCCAGCCAGUACUCAAGGCCAUCCAAGCCAGCUUUCCACGCGCCCUCAUACAAGCCUUCAUGGACGACAUCACACUGGGGGCCGACGAGAGUGAGGCAGACGGGGUGGUGGACAAGGCGGAGGAAGAGCU